AUGGCGACCGUUGAAAAGACCAAACAACAGCCCAAGAAGCUUCCCGUCCAAGAGGACCUCUCCGACGGUGAAGACUAUGACAGCGCCGACGACUACACCGACGAGGAAUAUGAGGAGGAAGUACCACAAACCAAGACCCAGAAGGGAAAACAACUGCAGAAGAAACCCCUACAGAAACAGAAACAACCCGUUCAACAAUACGAUGAUGACGAAUACACGGACGGAUCGGAAUAUGGCUCAGACGAGUACGAAUACUCCGACGACGAUGAAGCCGUACAGCCCUACUCAAAUGAAAAUUCAGACUUCAAGCCCAACGGAGGCAUGGACGUCCUCCACAAGGAGGAGAAAUCAAUGCUGGACGAGGAAGGCAUGAAGUUGAGAUUGGAACUGAAUCUGGAAAUCGAGGUCGAGCUCAAGGCACGCAUCCACGGUGACCUCACCCUAGCUCUCAUGAGUUGA